AUGCCUUGCGUAGUGAUAUUCGGAAAGCAUUUUAUCUCGGACCUGGAUUGCACGGAUGUGUUAUCGUUGAAACGUGAGAUUUCACAAAAACAUGGUGUUCCAGUAGAAGACUUGUUGGCAACGCUCAAUGGGAGGCUCGUGUCUGAUGAUUACGACAUCAGGACAUCCAACAAUGUGGUCCGGUUGUCUACUAAACUUGUUGGAGGGAAAGUGAUAUUCGGAAAGCAUUUUAUCUCGGACCUGGAUUGCACGGAUGUGUUAUCGUUGAAACGUGAGAUUUCACAAAAACAUGGUGUUCCAGUAGAAGACUUGUUGGCAACGCUCAAUGGGAGGCUCGUGUCUGAUGAUUACGACAUCAGGACAUCCAACAAUGUGGUCCGGUUGUCUUCUAAACUUGUUGGAGGGAAAGGUGGGUUCGGAUCUAUGUUGCGUGCUAUUGGUUCACAAAUAGAGAAGACCACGAACCGUGAAUCUUGUAGAGACCUCUCCGGGCGUCGCUUGCGUGACAUUAACGAAGAAAAAAGGCUAAGAAAGUGGCUGGAAGGCCAGGAAGAGAGGGAAAAAGAAGCCGCUGAACGGAAACAGAAAAAGUUCGAAAGACUUGUGGCAGAACCAAAAAUUGAAGUGAACUUAAACCCUAGUUACGAGAAGGAGCGUCAAGACCUCCCAGAGCGUGUGAGCUCUGCAGUGGAGGCUGGGUGGCAGGCAGCAGGCUCCUCAAAUACUUUGAAAAGGAAGUCUGACAGUGACAAGGCCAAACCAAAGAAAGCCAAGCUUUGGAUUGAUGCAGACUUGUCUGACUGCUCAUCUCUGAGUGAGGAUGAGGAGGAUGAUGAGAAAACUUCAAGUCCUGGUCAGCAAGUGUCCACAGACAGUGGCAAUGAGUCUGACAAGGCAUCCACAAGUAGCGAAUAA